UCAUAGUUGGGAACCUCUGCGAGCAAUGAGAGUGCGCCUGCGCCAGUAUCAUUCUGGUGCAGACUUUGAAACCAACGAAUACCCUAGACUCGCCUCAGUUGCUUUCCAACCAGCGAAGAGUAAGACGUGCAUAGAUACGUGUUUCGAAUCAGGAAUCAUCUCAUCGAUAUAAGAAAAUGGUUGCGGAAAAGUACGAUAAAGCCGACCCCGAGCUAAAAGAAGAAUUGAGGAAGAUCGCUCAACAGAUCGUUGCACCUGGAAAGGGUAUCCUCGCUGCUGAUGAAUCGACCGCGACGAUCGGCAAACGUCUUAAGGACAUCAACGUUGAGAACACCGAGGAAAACCGCAAAGCGUACAGACAGCUUCUUUUCACCGCUGCAAAAGAUGUCAUCGGUCAGCAUAUCUCUGGUGUCAUCUUGUACCACGAGACCCUCUACCAGAAAGCCGAUGAUGGAACACCAUUCGUUGAGCUUUUGAAGCAACGUGGCAUCCUGCCAGGCAUUAAGGUCGACAAGGGUGUCGUUCCACUGUUCGGUACCGAUGACGAAUGCACCACCCAGGGUCUCGACGAUCUCCAGGCCCGUUGCAUCCAGUACAAGAAGGACGGAUGCCAAUUCGCUAAAUGGAGGUGCGUGUUGAAGAUCAAGAAUGGUUGCCCGAGCAAGUUGGCCAUCUUGGAGAACGCCAAUGUCCUGGCUCGUUAUGCUUCCAUCUGCCAGAGUGCCAGAAUCGUGCCUAUUGUUGAACCUGAGAUCUUACCUGACGGUGACCACGACCUUGCCCGUUGCCAACAAGUCACGGAAGAAGUCUUGGCCGCUGUAUACAAGGCUCUUGCUGACCAUCAUGUGUAUCUCGAGGGAACUCUCCUGAAACCGAAUAUGGUAACACCUGGACAGAGCUGCCCGAAGAAGGCAGCUCCUAUGGAAAUUGCCGGUGCCACGGUGACCGCUUUGUUGCGCACUGUGCCACCAGCGGUGCCUGGAAUCACCUUCCUCAGCGGUGGACAAUCAGAAGAGGAGGCAUCUCUGAACUUGAGUGCCAUCAACAGUUUCCCUGCGAAGAAACCAUGGGCAUUGACCUUCAGUUACGGUCGCGCUCUUCAGGCCUCUGUCCUCCGUGCAUGGGGUGGCAAGAAGGACCUGGUGGGUGCUGGCCAGGACGAACUUAUCAAGAGGGCUAAGGCUAACAGUGCUGCGGCGCUCGGCGAAUACGGUGGUGGUGUGAAAGGAGCCGCUGGCAAUGCCGCGCUCUUCGUCGCGAACCAUGCGUACUAAAUUAGUCACUAGAAACACCCAAUAAGGUUUAGAUAAUUAGAUCGUUCGUCGAACAUCGUCAACGUCGAUCAUCGUUGCCGGCAUGAAAACAUUACCAUCGACAGUGAAGAUGAAGAACGAAUGAAGAAGACUCAAAACGCCUCGAAAUGCUCGAAACUCAAAACGAUCGUACAGUUUCUGUAUAGUUUUACAUUUUAUUUCUCAAAUCACGACAUCGAAAUCAAUUGAAUUUUAACUUGUCGCGAUAAUUGGAACCUUAACGUCGUAAUUUUAAAACGGAUUGGAAUUUUAACUAUGAUUUUUAACCGGGAAUAUAUAGGGUGCGGUCGAAUAACAUGUACAAGCGGGGACGAAGUGAUUCCUUAUGAAAAAAUAAGAACAAAAUAUGGAAUAAAAUUUUUUCAUUUAAGGCUUAGUUUUCGAGAAAAUCGAGUUUGAAAAUCCGAUGCGUACGUAUGCUGUUACAGCUAAGUUACGGUUCAUCGAGCAAGGUAUAACGCGUAUCGUGUUUGUAAACAAUGUCUACACAGCAUUUAAAAGUUACUGAGUUCAAGAAAAAAUACACAGAAGACUUUUAAAGAACAACUUAUACGCGUUAUAAGUUGUUCAAACUCGAUUUUCUGGUAAACUAAGCCUUAAAUGAAAAAAUUUUAUUCCAUAUUUUGUUCUUAUUUUUUCAUAAGGAAUCACCUCAUGCCCGCUUGUACAUGUUAUUCGGCCGCACCCUGUAGAGGAACUGAGGAAUAUAUUGUGUUUCGAGUCGUGAAAAUCGAACACUCAGGAUUACGUUAACAUCUGUUCGACGUUGUCGACCACGAUCGAUUCUCCUCGUCGAUGUCGUGUUUCUGAACGAGAGAGAGACGAACGAUCACCACCGUUUUUUCUGCUUUAAUACUUUCUAUUUUAUGCUACUAUGCUAUUCCUUGACUCCCUUCCUUACUUUUAUCCUCGCUCCUGUAUUCGUUUUUUCUAGGAUUACGUGACACGACGGAGAGUGUUUAACGUGUCUUCAUCGCAGUGUCAUUCGUUUCGAGCUCGUUGCUAAGGUCUACGGCAAUCGUCGAGAGGAACGUGGUCGGCGCGUUU